AUUCCUUCAAAGCGAAUGGGUGUGGUAAUUAGUAAUUGCCUCCUGAGCGACCCCUCAUGGGAAGAGAGACACCAUCGAUCGUGUUCCCCUUAAAUCCUAGCGACUGUCUGCCACCUGGAUCCUUGAGUGAUACCAAUUAGAGUCCAUUCUAUCCUCCACCUUUUUAUUGUCGAUACCAUGGACGGCCCAAAUGAUUGCGCACCUCCCCCAGCCUAUGGCGCACAUGUGGCCGACCUCGCCACUGACGAAGACGCGGCAGUGCUGACGGCGUCCUUCGCCGCCCUCGACUUGGCUCCAGGGCCCCAGGAUCCGAGCGUGGCCACGUGUCUGGCUCACCUCAAGCUGCUCUUUGCAUUCAAAGGGUUGAAAGAUGAUGUGGGAUGCCAUGACGGCCUGUGGGACAUCUGGGACUCCCGAGCCCACAACUCCCAGAACCCAGCGGACGUCCUGCCGUUGCUCCGCGAGAAGCGAUGGGCCAUUUUUGUCGCCAGAGCUGUGGACCGUUAUGAGUCGUGGUGGAACACAUUUCCUGGAGGCGAUACGCUGAUAGAGGCCGACAUUCACAACGGAACCAGCAGAUAUGUGAAAUCCACCGAGCCAUGUGAACCCCUGAACUUGACACUAGACGAAUUGCCGCCCCUUGAUGUUCUGCUGGUUUGGCAUGCACACAUGCUAAAUCCGCGCUUGUUUCUGGAGGAUUGUCUCAGGAAUGGCCGUAGGGCCCUCUGGUCUACUGGCAUGCCAUGGAAUGUGGUCAAUCAAGCUAUCGACACGAAUUUCCGGUAUAGCGUAUCGAAUGAAUGCAAGGCAAAUUGGGCCACCUCCACAGGCCGCCCUUGGAGUAACGAGGAAGACUCCACGACAAAGCCGGUUGCCUGUCCGGCUUGCUCUCACAUUCUGGACAUUCCAUGGACAACUUGUGGCCAGUCUCAGGACACAAAAGGAAACAGACGGCCGGGUCUCGUGGGGGAGGGAUUUGGUGACGGUGCACUCAACUACAUGUGUCGCAAAUGCGGAACAACCGUUGACCUGGACGCUCUGAAAGUCAAGAAAUUCGUGACCGACACGAGAGAUCUCGUUAACAACCAGAGACCAAUGCCUGGCACGAUUCUCGACGUCAAGAAGGGGAUGCCGGAACAAGCAUUGGACAAGUCAACCCGCAUGUUCCCAAAUCGGCUCGUUCGGCGGGGCAUCCUUGUUGAAGUUAUCAACCUCGUCAAGUCUGCUAGUGGCGAAAGAGUGACGAUGGAGCAAAUCCGCGGCAUCGUUGAAAAGGCAAUUGCGGAUCCGAACACCCUCAAAAGAGUCGACGGCCUGGAUGGACUGCAGGGACUUCGGCCGCAAAAGCUAAGCAGGCAAGAACAACUACAGGUCCGGAAAAUGAUGUCUCGGUAUUGGGAAAACGCCUCACUGUUUGCUCUCGAUGUCGGUGGCGCUGUGAUGCGGCAAUGUUCAUUCACAGAGAAGAUGUACAAGUUCGAUUGGAUCCACAGUCCUGCCUCAGAAGCCACGAUGGAGGCUCUGUUGACAAAGUACGAUCGAUUCUUCCAGAUCAUGGCUUCACACCCCGACAAAGUCGCAGUACCAACCCUCGAUAUCGACUUGGCGUGGCAUACACACCAACUUAGUCCCGUGUCGUAUUACCAGUUCUCCGUCGCCAAGGCACACGUAUUCAUUGAUCACGACGACAAGGUCGAUGAGGAUAAACUGUCCAUGUCAUUUGAGUGGACCAGUAAGGCAUAUGAGAACAAGUACAAUGAGCCUUACUCGGAAUGUCGUUGCUGGUACUGCGAGACAAUCCGAACUGCGCACAGCCCUCCCUCCAAGAAACUGCUGGGCGUGUUGAAAACCAACAAGUCAUCGAACCAACCGGCACCCCCCGACAGAGAAGUGCACAUCUCCGCCCACAACUCCGUAAAGACCAUCGAAAGCGAGGCCCGCCGUCGGACCAACUACCAGCUCCGCCUGCUCUUCAGGACCCGUCUCACAGAAAGCUACGAAAAGGCAGCCAAGCAGGCGAGGAAGCGAGGGGAGGUUCUCGGUCCCCGCGAAGACGAGCAAAACCACUGGGGGAAGACGCACACCCUCCAGGGGCCGUGGUGCCACCCGCAUUAUAUCACAACAUCCAUGUAUCCCGAGGCUCCACACAUCGUCAAUGCUGGGCCCGGGGCCCCGGGCGCUUGCGCUGCCGGCACUUGUGGCGGAGCUGGGGGAUGCGGGUCUGGGGCUGUGGCAAUGUGCCGGGCCGGUUGCAGCGGUGGUAGCCAAGCAGGGUGCUUGGGGGGCGCAGUGUAACGAACGGCCUUGUCUGCCCCGCCGGUGAUACUAGGCAUUUCAGAUAGGAUAACUCAGAUAAUCCCUAAAGAGAAGAG